UAGCCAGGAGAGUGAGAAGGAAAUGCUCAGUAAAGUUGGAACAUAGCAGCAGGUUUGGCGUUCUGUUUACAGCUGGGAUUGAGGAUUUUUGCAUUCGCCUCUUUGCACUGAUGGUGCUGAUCCCUCUCCUCCAGCGAUGCAUCCAGCUCCUCAGCCUGCCUGUGUACCUGCUCUCAUAUCUGGGCUUAUGGGAUCCCCUCUGUAAAAAGAUCUUCCCAUAUGUCAUGGCCAAGUGCUCCACUAUCUACAACCACAAACUCUUCCAACAGAAAAAGGACCUGUUCAGCAGUCUAGGGGAGUUUGCAGGCCCUUCAAUGGAGCUCAGGCUGCUGGAAAUAGGCACAGGCUCAGGAGCCAACUUCCAGUUCUACCCACCUGGAUGCCGGGUGACAUGCACUGAUCCCAACCCCAACUUUGAGAGGUUCCUCCUCAAGAGCAUUUCUGACAGCCCACACCUCCAUUUUGAACGGUUCUUGGUGGCCUCUGGUGAGGACCUGCGCCCAGUGGCUGACAACUCCAUGGAUGUGGUAGUUUGCACCUUGGUGCUGUGCUCGGUGCGCAGCAUCGAGCAAGUUCUGAGAGAAGUCUUGCGAGUGCUCAGGCUGGGUGGUGCUUUGUAUUUCUUGGAGCAUGUGGCUGCAGAUCAUUCCAGCUGGGGCUACUUUUGGCAACAGAUCUACAACCCAACCUGGAGAUAUCUGGGAGACGGGUGCUGCCUGACUAGAGAGACCUGGAAGGAUCUGGAGAAGGCAGGGUUCUCGGAACUGAAGUUGCGGCACAUACGUGCCCCCCUGUCCUGGAAUCCUACUCGUCCCCAUAUCAUUGGAUAUGCUGUGAAAUAACUAACUCCAUGCACUGAGAAACAAGGUCAUUUCAGCACCGUGGUUCCUUCCAAUUCCUAGGGGUAUUUAUCCCUGACUAGCAACCUUAUAACGUCAGAGCAAUACUUAUUUAGCAAUUAGCUGCCUAACCAAAUUGCCUUGUUGGGUUUAUGAGAAUAACAGAGAAAACUUACUGAGCAUCCACAGCUUAUCCUAACUAUGGUGUUAUGUUUGUCCGUACGCCAGUCAGGCUCCUCCCAGUUUUCAGACAAAGCUCUGGUCAGCAUUUUUCACUGACUGACCUGCUAGUUUUUGCAGAUCACAUUCUAAGGCACUGAUCAUAUACAGAGCCUCGUUCAUCAUAUACAGAGCCUCGAUGCCUAAGUCAAGCUUUGUGGAUCUCAGUGUUGUUCCUGUGACUUUCUGGGUACCAUGUUGCUUGGGGUUGCAAUGCCUGAGUCCCUUUGGACUUUGGGAAUCCAGGCUCAUCAGUCUAAAUCAGAUUUGAAACAGCAAUCUGCACAACAAAAUGCUCCCAUUACCAGGGACGGCUCUAGCUUUUUUGCAGCCCCAAGCACGGCAGUCAGGCAGCCUUCAGCAGCUUGCCUGCAGGAGGUCCGCCAGUCCCGUGGCUUCGGUGUACCUGCUGCUGAAUUGCCACUAAAUCCGCAGGACGGGUGGACCUCAAGCAGGCAAGCCGCCAAAGGCUCCCUGACUGCCACCCUCGCAGGGACCAGCAGGGUGCCCCCCACGGCCUGCUGCCCCAGGCACGCGCUUGGAGUGCUGGUGCCUGGAGCCGCCGCUGCCCAUUAUAGCAGGGUAAUUAGCACUAGUUAAGGCCAACAGAGUAGCCAGGGGCCCCCAAAUAGCAGGGAGCUCAUAUCUUACUGAAAGAUAAUAGAAGGAAAAACCUAAGCAUUAGACAUAUCCACUCAGACUGCACUGAAAGUACUUUUGAUAAAUUAAAACAAAAUACAUUGUGUUUGUCUUUUGUAAUUGCUACAGAACCACGGUGUUGCUAGAGACAUAGGCUUCUCAAUAAAGUUGAAAAUACUGUA